UGUGUGUGUGUGUGUGUGUGUGUGGCCCCGCCCCGCCGGCAGCGCAGCGCAGCGUCAUCGCCGCUAACUGACUGACUGACUGCAACCGUUGAGAGAAGAAGUCGGUCCUGUGAAGCAGACCACAGUCUUCUUCGGUCGGCGGGACGAAAACAACAAAAACUGACGGCGAAAACGCGACUUUUUGCCCGCCGAAUGACACGCAUGGAUUAAAUAACUUAGCCCCAGGUUUGUUGGAGCGACUUUGGGCGGACGAGUGAGUUUUACCCGGUCUGGAGGAGUUUUCCUGUCAGGGGUGACUGCAUAUCCGAGGCGACCAUCUAACAGCUCUCAGACGUCUGCAAUCAUCUAUAUAUCGUCUUGGAUUCAUAAGUCGGCGCAUUUUCAAGCUUCCUCUUCUGCUCGCCAGGGUCAACCCUCACAUACUACCCUCCCUCACAAUUUCUUCCCCUCUGGAUCCUCUCUCCCUGUUGGCUGCUGUUCCACUGAAGGCGGAGCUAACUAUGGGGUAAGAGCGCUGAGAGGAGACAUCAAGACAACACGAGCUAAGGAGGCCCUCGGACCUGCACAGUUUCUGCUCCGGUGGUGACCGGUGCAGGACACUGUCAUGGCGCUGCCGCGGCGGAGGCUGAAGCUUGUGGUGACUGUGAUGAUGGUCAACCUCUUCAUCUUCAUCAUCAUCUCCCGACACAGCAGCCAAGACAAAAAUGGACAUCACAAGGUCCAAAUCCCCUCCAAACCCUUUUGGUCCAAAGUGGUUCCCAGCGCGGCUUACUGGAACCUCAAGCAGCAGAUUCUGGACCUUCAGAACAAUCCCAUCUUAGUGGCUAACUACAGCUCCGCAGACAUGCCAGACUGGCUCAACGACACCAGUUUAAACUCUGACCCCUGCCAGCCUAACAACAGGGUAACAACUCAGGUGAAAGACUACAACUCCCUACCGCAUCGCUUCAAGGACUUUCUGCUGUACAUGCACUGCCGCUCCUACCCGAUCAUGGUGGACCAGCCUGACAUCUGUAAGCAGCCACCGUUUCUGCUCCUGGCUGUCAAAUCCCUGGCGCCACACUUCGACCGCCGCCAGGCCAUCCGUCAAUCUUGGGGGCGGGCGGGAGUUAUAGCCAAUCAGACAGUUGUUACUAUCUUCCUUCUCGGCAACGCCACACCUGGGGACCACCACCCGGAUCUGUCGGAGAUGCUGCACUAUGAAAGCGCCCGUCAUAAAGACAUCAUCAAGUGGGAUUACCGGGAUUCAUUCUUCAACUUGACUGUCAAGGAAGUUCUGUUCCUGGAAUGGAUCCAGACUCGUUGCCCGGGUGCUCGCUUCAUCUUCAAAGGCGACGACGACGUCUUCGUCAAUACCUACCGCAUCCUGGACUUCCUCAAGGGCCUCUCGGAGCCCAAAGCCAGGGACCUGUUUGUAGGCGACGUGAUCACCAACGCUGGGCCUCACCGAGACAAGAAGGUCAAAUAUUUCAUCCCAGAGAGCAUGUACGUCGGGACGUACCCUCCGUACGCAGGAGGAGGAGGGUACCUUUACUCCGGCAACAUUGCUGCUCGCUUACACAACGUGUCGCAGCAUGUAACGCUCUACCCGAUAGAUGAUGUGUACACAGGUAUGUGUCUUAGGAAGCUAGGGUUAGCCCCCGAGAAGCACAAAGGCUUCAGGACCUUUAACAUAGAGGAGAAGUACAGGUCUAACCCUUGUGCCUACAAGAGUUUAAUGCUUGUUCACCCGAGGACCCCGCAGGAGAUGAUCCAGAUCUGGGCGUGGCUCAGUAGUCCUACCCUGAAUUGCCAGUGAGACUCUACAGCGAGCAGUCUGGGACUGACUGAAGAUACCUUGAUGUUGUUCUCUAAUGGUCAAAUGUGACAAAUAUUUUAUUUUGAACAGGGUUAUGACAUAAAAGUUGGCAGCUUUAAGUUAAGAUAUUAUUGUAAUGGUCAGUCCGUGCCUCAGCUUGGAGGAACUGAUUCAUUGUACCUCUAAAAUAGAGGAAGGACGCUUUGUUCAAAAUGGCCACCAUAGUAUUUUGACUUGAUGUCAGACUUCCAUAGACGAGCUAACCCUGCUUUACUGUCGGACGAGCUUCACCCAAAGUGACGUGUCUGUGUCUUUGUCUUUGCGUGCACAUAUUUAUAUCACGUCUAUUUAUAUGGCCUUUGUAAUGCUUUAACACUGUGUGUCAGCUCUGUGAUGGAGCGUGUCAAUGCUGUAUUAUAUAAAUAAGAAAGAACUGGGAUGUGUCCACUUGGGACUCUCUUUGUUGUAUCAAGGGAAAUGAAAAUGUUUCGGGUUAUUGACACCGAUGAAAACGUAACGUUUUCAGCGCUUGCGAGUGUCUAAAAUUUCAAACGAAAACAAAAGAGUGAAGCUCUUGAACUUCACUUCUUUGUAACACCCAGUGGUUCCCACAUGCAGCCAUUUAUUGCUGCGAUCUUUAAAAGUGCUUCCUGGUGAACACUUCCUAGUAAUUGUUGCUGGAGGCUUAGUUUGUGCUGCUAUUCCCAACCACACUCCCUGAAGUAUUUACUUGUGACUCGCUCCAACUCAAACUUAAACCAGUUUCUCCUGAUAAAGACUUUGGGGAAACUGGUGUUUUGUUCACCGUUUGCAUUUGUUGAUUUACAUUAAUUUAUCAUUUACAUACAAACCAUUUAUGCAACCUUCAGAAGGAGUUUGUUUCACCUAAAAUCCACAGGUUCUGCUCCUUUUCUUCCAAGUUUCUCUGUUUUACCAAAAUUUUUGCUGUGUCAUUUCUUUAACUGGUAGACGUAUCUCGUAACGACACGGCUCAUGAUACAGCGUUGAAAUGGAGUGUUUGGCGGAGUGAAUACACACUUUGCUUUCCGGCUUUGUACAGCUCAGCAGGUCUGGGCUUGGUUUUGACAUGAAUAGAGGAAUCCAAAUGCUGUCUAAUUCUGCUUCAGGUUCUGAAAAAAAAACUGCUCAUAUAAACUUUCAAGUGCAUUUCCAGAGAAAUAUUUUAUCUCCAGCUGCCAGAGUAGAGCUUCUAUUUUAAAUACUUGCUAUAACUUGCCUCAUGAGUGUGUGCAGCUGUUGUGUGGAAGUGUUGAAUGCUGUUUAAUGUUGCUUUACUGUGAUAUCAGUGGGUCAGAGUUGAAAAAAAUGCUUUAAAACACAGGUGGAACAUGGUGAAACAUCAUGUCUCAGCUUUCCAUACUUGACACAUUACUUGGCUCUGAAAUCUUCACUGAUCAUCUUGAAGGCUUCAUUUCAAAAUGUUACACAUCCAUUUCUGGAGGAGAUGAGUUUUCUUUUUGCCUGAGCUUCCUGUUUUGGGAUGAUGCAGCCAUAAGAACCAUUAAAGGGAGAGUUCAACCUGAAUACAUAUUUUUUCUUUUACUUGAACUGCUAUUUAUCCCUCUAUAUAGUUCAGGUGCGGGCUGCCAAGUUAUGGACUCAUCAUCUGUAGAGAUGUCGGCCUUCUCUCAAAUUCAUGGCACUCAAUAAUACAUCAAUAAAACUCAACAGAAGUGAAUGAAAAUAAUUCCUUCCUGCUCUGCUCACGACGAGGUCUGCAGAUUAUCUUGCAGUAACCGGGUCAGGAUUUCUAAGAAGAGACGCUUCUGUUGAGUUUUUAUAUUUAAUCUUUUUUUCGUACUUGUAGCGAGGGGUGUUACAAUUUCAGUUCCUAAAAAGAAAAUCAAAUUGUGACCUUUAAAAUCAGUGGUCCAGUUGAAUUGUGAUGUCCCUUGUGAUGCUUUUAACACCACAAGUCGAGUUCCAUGUAGUUGUAUUGUAUUCCAGAGAGGGCAGACAUCACUACAGCUGAUCUCGCCAUUCGCUGUUCCAAAACAGUCUAGAUAAAUAAACAGUAUUUCAGAUAAGAGGGAAGAUGACUCAUGAUAGUUCGUAGCUCCGGCCACAUUCAGGCGUUUAUUUAACCUUCUUUCGUUUAGAAAUGAAGUUCUUCUUAUUAUUUGAAGGUCACCGCUCGGCUCAUGGCUUUAGCACAAACGCUAAGUCUCUUUACUCCUGCACAUAUUUACUUUGCGUGUAUGUUACAUAAUGUUCAUCUAUAUGUGAGACUCAGUCAGACACUUGAAACAUGUGGAGAGGUUUCAGAUGCACCUGUGUGAUAUUUCAAGUCUCAGAGAGUUAAACGACUACAGACGAGGAGACGCUCUGUGUUUCUGUCGACAGAUAGAAAAGGUCGGAGGAGUGUGUUUCUUGAAUGUAUCUUUGCUCGGGUUUAGGGUCAAUCCACGUCCAUUGUUUUCACAGAUAUCAAGUCCAGGAAGUCUUCAGUAUUCACAGAAUGUCGCAGGAGUCCGUUAAAUCGAUACUGAACGUAAGUUGACUCCAGUCGGCUGUUUGGACUGACCCUGAACCUGGUUGUUACACUCCUAAUCUGAGAGAAGAGAGGCGAUGUUCCUUUGCCUCUGUUAGAGCUCCCCCUGCUGGUCAGGACGGUGAUCUUUUAGCUUGUAAGACUCAGAGCUUUGAGACAGACACUGACAAAAACUGUAGUCAAAGACCUCAUUUGUUUUUUAAAUAUUUUAACCAUCCAUUCAUUAUCUCUGUCUUUCAGUCUACAGAUACUCCAAAUCCUCACUUAUGGCGACUUAUCUCUCUGUUUCACUGCUUUUUUUUGUUGUUGUUGUUGUUGUUUUUUUUGCCUACAUUGGUGUCAGAUAGUUUGGGACUCGCGCCACACAACAAAACACACUUGAGACAAUCACAGAGAAGCGCCUAAAGGUUGAGUUUGUUCUUUUUUUAUUUGGGAUUACAAACCCGCUGGAUGCUAUUUCACUUCCCCUCCUGUGGUGGACGCCAUCUGUUUCCAUGUAGGAUUAAACAAACACGUUUAAAACGGAGACCAAAUGUGAGCUGAGGACCAAGUGGAGGUUGUUUUAUCUUGAAACAUUUAAGUCCAAGUGUCGCCUUUUCUCUUGAGGUCACGUGUCCUCAUCAUCCUCGCCGCUCACUCACACAAUAACAGGUUGCAUUCUGUCCUCGCUGCACACAGUUUGUGGCUACUUGAAAUGUUUACAUGCUUUAAAAAGUCAUGACUUAUUUCUAUAAUUGUUACCUAUGUUUGGUGACUGUCCGACGUUUCUGUCUUCUUGCUUCGUCUGUUUUAAAUUGAACCUUUUAUCCGUCACUGUGCUUGAUUCUGUCAAAAUGUUUGGGAUUUUUGCAUUUUUUUGGUCACAGUUUUCCUUUGAAGGACUUUUUCCUGUUUUUGUUUCAGGCGCACAACGUAGCUGUGUGUUGACAGUCAGUGUUGCUCUGGUCUCGGUAGCCAGGAUGUGUCAGUUUUGUUUUGUUUUGUUUUGUUUUGUUUUUUUUUGGAGCUUAUUUAGAUGCUGGUGUUGUUUUUCAAGGCAGAACAGGAAGAGAGUUAUAGAAAGACUUCAUAUCACCAUCCAAAUGCAGUGAAGUGUCUGUUGUUCCAGCUCCAGGAUUGUAAGACACAGGACAAUGUAAAGGGGCGAUGAAUAUUAAUUCAUUUCCCAGUUUUUACGUGAUUAAUACUUGAGUUUCUGGACAUAUUCUUCUCUUGAAGUCACCCUGAAAACAAACAGCUCAGUGUUGUUUCAUCGCUGUCUGUCAGAUUAUCUUUUAUCACCCGGAGAGAAAUAUUUCAAACUAAUUAUUUACAAAUGAAUCCACUUUUCUUUUUUUUUUCACUCUACAUUUUGAUGUUAACCUUCUGUUAACUUGUAUUUAAUAAACCUGUCAUUACUGUGUUACACACACCUGCACUAGUCAGAGAUUAUUACCAAAUGUAUGCCUGAUGUUUGUUUGUAUCGUAUGUUCAAGAUUCUCCUUCAACCACGUUCAGCGCGAUUGCUUUUUUUUUUAAUACCGAGAAUGACUUGAUUGUUUCAAUAAAGUUAUAUUUUGCUGUUUUUGUAUAUCUGUUCUAUGCAUAUUGUAAUACAAACAAAUAAAUUAUGUGAAGUAUCAAA